AUGAAAUACCGCGGCGUCGUCUACGACGUCGGCCUAAACUUCAACGGCACCGGGCUCUCCGUCGAGCCUUUCUCGCCGCCUCAAGCCGAGUACGAUAUGCGAGUCAUCGCCACCGAGCUACACGCCAACGCGGUCCGCAUCGAAGGCGAGGAGAUCGGCCGGCUGGUCACAGCGACAAGGGCGGCCCAUUCCGCCGGACUAACGGUCUUCUUCAACCCAUGGAAGAUGAAUGACGAUGUCACCGGGACGCGAGUCUACCUAGAAGAGGCCGCGAAGGAGGCAGAGAAACUGCGCAACGAAGGGGUUGGCAUAAUCUUCGUGGCCGGCUGCGAGUACAGCAUUUUCAGCAAGGGUGUCUUCCCGGGCGAGAGCUUCAAUGAGCGGGUGAUGUGGAUGGCCUCUCACUUUCCGCAGGGCCAGAUGCCGGAAGGUGGGAACAUGCCGCCGGCCUUUCGCGAGAAGGCGGGCGCAUUGAACGAAGCGCUGCGCUCUUUCGUGGCAACUGCACGUUCUCAUUACCACGGGCCUCUAACGUACUCCGCUGGCACUUGGGAAGCCGAGUUCAUUGACUGGGGUAUGUUCGACAUGGUCGGACUUGACUACUACCGCCGCGGCGAGAGCGAAGAACAGUAUGUCUCAGGUCUCCAGCUGUACAAGCGAUUCGAAAAGCCUCUUGUCGUCAUGGAAGUCGGGUGCUGCGCGUACGAGGGCGCAGCGGAGCGCGGAGACGGCGGCUUUGCGCUUCUGAAGGGCACGAACCCGGACGGCAGUGGGAUUUUCGAGGGUGGUGUUGUUCCGACGAGGAGCGAGGCUGAGCAGGCUGGGUACAUAGGCACUCAGCUUGGUCUGCUUGAUUCUGCGGAGGCCGGGGUCGAUGGGGUGUUUGUGUUUGUGUUUGCGUUUCCGUGCAUGCGGGCUGGCGAGGGGGCCAAGGAUCUGGAUAUGAUGACUUUUUCGUUGGUCAAGUACUUUCCAGAGGAAGAUUCAAGGAACAGUGUUACGCCACCCUGGGAACGGAAGGAAUCGUUUCAUCGCGUGGCUGAUGUAUUUGGGCAGAUGGAGUGA